UUCGUGUGGUGUUAGAUUGCAAUCUGUCAUUUCAACAAAAGUGAUGAAAAUAGUAUUCUUGCCUAUUAGUUUUAGUUAUCUGACAAGUUAUAUAUACUUAGAAUAAAUGACUUUUUUAAACCAUUCAUGAAAAUUAAACAAUAUAUUUAUCGCGCGUAUGUUAAUUAUUGCAGCCUAAAUAAAAUACAUAAAUACUAAUACAAUUAUUUAAUCGUUCGUGUACAAAUUUUUUUCAAAGACUACAAAGAUGGAGCAGAUAAAGAUUCCUAAGUAUAAGUUUUCCAGGAAACAAUACGUUUGCAGGUAGAAAAUGUGAGAAUGUUGGACAAAUAUAGCAAUAAUCAUUCCAUUGGUUCUCUUUAUUUAACGGUGACACAUCUUAUUUUUGUUGAAAGAAGUGGCAAAAAGAAAAUAUGGGUAUUAUAUACGCAUAUCUCCAAUAUAGAGAAACAACCAUUGACAACCACAGGAUCGCCAUUAUACAUUAAAUGCAAACAUUUCUUCAUUGUCACAUUUGUUAUUCCAAAAGAACGUGAUUGUCAUGAGAUCUAUCUAACAUUAUUAAAAUUAUCUUGCCCAGCUAGUUUAGAAGAUUUGUAUUGCUUCAAUUAUCAAGAAAGUGAAAAUACACUACCUCAGCAUGCAGGAUGGAAUUUUUUCAAUGUACAGAGUGAAUUUCAACGGCAGGGUGUGCCAAAUGAAGAAUGGUCUCUUUCAUAUUUAAAUACUAAUUAUGAGCUUUGCGAUACUUAUCCAAGGUACUUAUAUGUUCCUAGUACAUGUACUAACAACAUUUUAUUGGGUAGUGCAAAGUUUAGAAGCAGAGGAAGGCUACCAGUUUUAACAUAUUUGCAUUCAAAUAAGGCUGCCAUCUGUCGCUGCAGUCAACCACUCUCGGGAUUUAGCGCAAGAUGUCCCGAAGAUGAACAAAUGAUGUACAAUAUAUUAUGUACAAAUCUUAAUUCGAGAUAUAUGUAUGUUGUGGAUACAAGGCCGCGGAUUAACGCCUUUGCUAAUAGAGCUGCGGGAAAAGGAUACGAGAAUGAAAAUUUCUAUGACAAUAUCAAGUUUCAUUUCUUUGGAAUAGAAAACAUUCAUGUGAUGAGGACAAGCUUAAAUAAACUUUUGGAUUUGCAAAGAUCAACCUCCAUGAAUGCGUUUUUAAGCGGUCUAGAAAGCAGCGGCUGGUUAAAGCAUAUCCGCUCCAUCUUGGAAACCGCUUGGUUUAUUGCACGGGCAAUUGCGAAUGGUGUGAGCGUAGUGGUUCAUUGUAGCGACGGAUGGGAUCGCACCGCGCAAGUAUGCUCUCUGGCUGCGUUAUUGUUGGAUCCAUUUUACCGAACCAUCCAAGGUUUUCAAGCUUUAAUAGAAAAGGAUUGGCUAUCAUUUGGUCAUAAAUUUAGCGAUCGUUGCGGUUACAUUAGCAGCGAUGGUAAAGAACUUGCGCCGAUAUUUACGCAGUUUAUAGAUGCGACGUAUCAAUUAUUGCAACAGUAUCCAAACAAAUUUCAAUUCAAUGAAUAUUUUCUUUUAACAUUACACGAUCAUGUACAUAGCUGUCAACACGGCACAUUCAUUGGAAAUUCGGAGAAGGAACGACAAAUGCUGAGAUUAUCCGAGCGAACGUAUUCAUUGUGGGGAUACUUAGCUAAUAAUACAAAUGAGUAUAUAAAUCCAAUCUAUAGAUGCAAUCGUUAUAAUAAUGAGGACUCCACUGAUGUUAUUCAACCUAAAUUGGCACCUCAAUCUAUUGUUCUUUGGAGAGGUUUGUACUUCAGAUUUGAGAAUGGAAUACAUCCUAGAGAAAUAUGCGAAGAUCUACUCCUGACAAUCCAUGAUCACACAAGCUCACUAGAGGAUCAUGUGAAGCUUCUGCUCAAACGAGUCAAUUCUUUAGGACAAUUUUUAAAUACAAAUAAUUCUCAGAAGAAAGGAAAACAUAAAUUUGAUAAUAAAUUUAUGAAAGAGACUCUAUCGGAGACUAUAAUAGAGAACACCACAAAUCACGAUGAAAAGAUAAAAGCUAAAUUAAAAGUGAGUCAAUUGGAAAAUGAAUUGAAAACUGUUGCUUUGGAAUGGAAAUCAUCGCGAAAUAUAGAAGAAUGCGGAUGUUCCACCACAUUCGAUGCCUUCAACAAAAAGCAUCAUUGUUGGUCCUGCGGCGACGUAUUAUGCACAAGAUGCAUGGCGGUGCACACGAAACUACCCGGACAUUUAUCACAACGCGCUGUACCUACAUGUAAAACGUGCUGUCAGAGUUCCGGAGUAUCCGCCACUAGUCCAUAAACUUGAUACUUUAUUUAAUGCCGACAUAUACUUAUAUAAUCCUUAACUUAAAUAUUGUAUGGAUAUAUUGCAUGUAUAUCUCCUAAGCAAAAUAAUGAAGAAGCCUAGCAUAUAUUAUCAAACA